AUGGCGGAGCGGGUCCCACCUCCCGGAAACGGCAAGGAUGAGUACUCCGAACCGCAAAAACCUAAUGAAAUGUUCGAACAAACAGCCUCAUCAUCCACAGCUAGGGCAUUAGUACCACCAUCCCAAGAGUUAGUCCCCCACAACCAAUCUCAAUACGCCACCUUCGAGUCCGGCACCUACGUUGUCCAAGUCCCCAAGGAUCAAAUCUACCGCAUCCCUCCACCUGAAAAUGCCACCAUCGUCGAACGCCACCGAGAUCCGUCUAAAAAGAAGAAACCGGUAUGCUGCAACUUCAUCUGUCUCGGCAUCCUUGGUUUCUUUCUCCUAUUCAUCAUUUUGCUCAUCACUGGGCUUUACGUGUCCGUGACCAUGUCGAAAGACCCUAGAUUUUCCGUCCAACGACUCGUCUACAACAACAAAACUAAGUCGCAUCGACCGGACUACACCAUAACGUUGAAGUCUCAAAAUCCGAAUUCCCAAGUGACCGUUCUAUACAAGAAAGGCGGAGACGACGCCUUCCUUAAUCUUAAGACGCAAGAAAUCGCCACAGCUACUUACCCGUCUUUCGAACAAGAUGGUGGAAACUCAAAAGAGUUUGCUUUGAUCUUUCAUGGCUCCAAGAUUAAGUUGCCUAAAGACAUUGAGAAAAGUGGCACGAGUAGCAAACAGAAAGUCCAUGUCAAGUUUUCUCUGAGCAUGGACAUCCCGGGGCGGAUGCGUAGGGGGGCCUUGAAGAAAAGCAUGAUCUUUCAUGUCGAAUGCGAUUUUACGGUGGAUACAUUGGUGAAGGGGACUCGAGUUCUGAACCAAGAAUGUCGUACAAACAGAACAUAG